AGUGGCUGGUGUAGGCAACGCGGGAUGUUAUCUUAACCUCAAAAAUGCGCUUGAAGAGAUUUCUGAUAAAAUUAUCCCUGAAUUUCUUCUUUUUGGUGAUUUUUUGUGAAUUUAUCUUCUACUAUCUCGUCAUCAGGCAGUGUUCCUGGCCGGAGGAUUUCCCACAAACUUCAGACAAUGAAGGAAGUUCCGGAAGCACCCUAAAAGUACUUUUGCUUGCUGAUCCUCACCUCUUGGGACCCUACCGUGGUCACUGGUUUGAUAAACUUAGAAGAGAAUGGCAGAUGCGCCGAAGCUUUCAAUCAGCAAUCAAUCUCUUCCAUCCAGAAGCAGUAUUCAUCCUCGGGGAUCUCUUCGACGAAGGCAAAUGGGUCACAAGUACAGAAUUCAACGACUACGUGAAGAGAUUCCACGAGAUCUUUGCCGUUCCCACGGGAACCCAGCUGUAUGGGGUAGUUGGGAAUCAUGAUAUUGGAUUCCACUAUCAAGCUCAUCCGAAGCUAGUCAAGCGUUUUGAGGAGGAAUUCCACACAACAGGAGUCUCCCUCAUAACGCUGAAGGAUAUAAAUUUCAUCCUAAUCAAUUCAAUUGCAAUGGAAGGAGAUGGAUGUAGUCUCUGCGCCCAGGCAGAGAUGGAAUUACGAAAUAUUUCGCAAAUCUUUAAAUGUGCCCGGAAUGUGGGCAACUGCAAGGAUACACCCACAUUGCGAAGCUACAGCAAACCCAUCCUGCUGCAGCACUAUCCUCUCUAUAGGGAAUCCGAUAGGGAUUGUCAGGAGCACGAUCCAAUUCCCAUUGAGCUCUACAGGGAACGAUGGGAAGUCCUCUCGCAGGAAUCAUCGGAUCUCAUUGGGGAACUCGUAGCACCACGGAUUGCCUUCUCGGGGCAUUCCCACAACUACUGCCGGCUCAAAAGUCGCCUCGGAAUCACCGAGUACACCAUCUCGUCAUUCAACUGGCGCAACAAGAACAACCCAAAUUUCCUCCUGGCCACCUUCACGCCCACGGAAGAGGCUGUAAAGAAGUGCAGCACACCCAGGGAGAGUACAGUCAUUACAAUUUACAUUGUUGGAGCUUUCGUGGGUGUAAUUCUUGCCAUAAUCCACUGGCCCACCAUCAACCGUCGCCAUACGAAGAUUUUUUGAAUUUUAUUUCAUUUCCGGAAAGUCAAACAUAACCUCAUUCGGAACAGCUGUAAUACUAAUUUUUUUAGUGAUAAGAACUUAUCUCUACUGUAA